CAUUGGUCUGAUCUUCAUUGAAUCUCAGUGAUGUUGAAAUACAUACCACCAAUCUGAGACUUUGAUCUGAAAAUUURAUUUGGCWCAAGGUUUACRCCAAGCUCAUAAAAUGGGMAAAGACUAUUACAAGGUUUUAGAAAUCCCUCGAAAUGCRACAGAGCAAGAAAUCAAAAAAGCCUAUAGAAAAAUGGCUCUCAAAUACCAUCCAGACAAAAACAAGUCCCCAGGAGCCGAGGAAAAGUUCAAAGACAUCGCCGAAGCUUAUGAAGUGCUGAGUGACCCACAGAAACGUGAGGUGUUUGACAAAUAUGGUGAAGAAGGUCUGAAGGGAGUACCUCGUCAACCGUCGUCUGGAGGAGCGAAUUUUCGAGAAUUUCACUUUCCAGAGGGUUUCACUUCUUUCACCUUCCACGGCGACCCUAGGGCUACCUUUUCGAGCGUUUUUGGCGACGAAGACCCUUUCAAAGAUUUCUUCACAAGCUCUUUUGGCGAAGCUGGAGGGUCAGGCAUACCAGGGUUGGGCGGUGGUUCAUUUCAAGGCUUUAGUUCAUUUCCUUCUAGUCGCAUGGGGAGGCGUUCCUCCUCCUUUGAAGACAUCCCAUCAAUGGUAACAAGAAGAAAAAAGAACCAAGAUCCUCCCAUUGAGAAAAACAUCAACAUCUCAUUUGAAGAACUUUUGAAAGGAACACAGAAAAAGCUAAAGAUAAUGAGAAAAAUACUAAACRCAGAUGGACAGACAACAAGAAAUGAGGAGAAGAUACUCACUAUUGAYGUGAAGAAAGGYUGGAAAGCAGGAACUAAAAUAACAUUUAAACAAGAAGGAGAUCAAAGUCCAAACAGAAUUCCUGCUGACAUCAUAUUUAUCAUCCAAGACAAAGAACAUCCUCAUUUUAAACGUGAUGCAGACAACAACAUCUUGUACACAGCUAAGAUAUCCCUUAGAAAGGCUCUUACAGGGUUUUACRAUGGUGGCUCAGUUCCAGUACCUACUCUUGAUAACAGGACAAUAAACAUUCCCUUAAAUGACAUUGUAAAACCUGGUACGAGAAAGAGGAUUAAAUCAGAAGGGUUACCAGUGCCAAAACGAUCAGGACAGAGGGCAGAUCUUAUGGUUACAUUUGAGGUUGUGUUUCCCACCAGUUUGACAAAGGAAAGUGUUGAUGCUAUAGAGAGGGCUUUGCCUCCUUGAAGUUACAAUCCGCUGAAGUGUUUGAUUGGAUGGAUAAGUUGAAUAAGGUUAAUGUGCAGAAAAAAAGACAUUAAUACAGUUCUCAAUGGUCKGUAGUAGUGUGACUUUGGUUAACCCAUAGUUUAACUACUAGCAGUAGACUGACUAAUUGGUUAACCAUUCUGAUAACGAUGAUCCAAACUUCAUGACAAAAGGUUAAAGUAUGGUAGUUUAUUUAAAAUAGUUCUGGAAAAUGCAUUUUUGUGUAAUAUCUAAGUUUAUUUAAAUACCUUAUCAAUUUGUGCUAGUUAAGUUGGGCUAAUGAUUAGAAAGGCUGGGGUCAUAUCAGCACUMRGCACCARAAYAAACUUGGACAAAAUUCAUUUGCAUMAAGAGACGCKCCCCUSAUGACAAAUGCUCAAAAACACCUCUAAUGAUAAUUAUUCCUUGAUAUGGAAGGUAUUUAUAUGGCUUUUGCAAGACUCUGCUCAAGUGUGACUGACCACUCAGUCUUGGCACUGUUCAUAGAAUGCAAGAGAAAAUAAAUUUUGGCAGAAGAAAUUAAUGUAUGGGUUUAUUUUGCAAGACAUGAAUUUGCAUUAAUCAUUAACACAUUCAUAAGGACUUCAGUUUUAAUUGGCAAUCUGCAGUGAUGUCUUUUUCUGCGGCAAGGUAUGAUGGCAGUUGUGGUCCUCAGGCUCGUUUUAGACCUUGAAAUAUCUCCCAAAAAAGCCUUUUUAACUCGUUCUUUGUAGAAAUGGCAAAACURCUUCAAUUUUGGCUUAGAAAUAGCCAAACAUUUCAGAAGGACUGUUUUAGCAGACAUGGACUACAACUAAUGAAUUGCUGCACAAAAUGGAAUUACUUCACAUUGUCUAUCAAACCAUUUAGUAAGUUAACUUAUUUUGAGUAAUGAAAGGUAUGUUAAUAAAACUGCUAGAUUAACAGAGUCAGUCAUGUAAAUGGUAUAGAUCCAAACAUUGUAAUUGGAUGUUAUUUGUGAAGUGUAAACAUCAAAGGCUAAUGAAUAUUUUAAUAUUAUAAGUGGGCUAUUUGAAUGAAGACGUACGAAAACAUUAGGAAGA